AUGCUACGUUUCAUAAGAGGAUUCUCCACCACAAGAUGCGUGCUUCAAGAAGUGGCACGGGUAGAGGAAAACAAAAACAGUGUUGAAGCAUUUUUGAAAUACUGGAGAACUCCAAGAGACUUGAGAAUAUUGAUGUAUAGACCUAAACAUGCUCAAGAAUUACUUUCAAGAGAUCUAAUAGACCCACAGACUGAUAAAAGAGCAAGACCUUUGCAAUCACCAACUCUUCCAUCAAAAUAUGCCAUUGGUAGCUAUAUUCAACAAGUUUCUGAUCAAAAACAAUUACCACAAUUACAAGAAGAUUUAGAAUUGAUUGCCAAAAGAUCUAAUGCCAUCACAUCAUAUCAUUUAAAUGAAAUGCUCAUAAAAUUUGCACAAUUUAGACGUUUACAAAAUGCUUUAGUAUUCUUACACACUAAUCCAAGUAUUGAACCUGCAAGAGAUCUUUCAAAUUUCAACAUGUCAUUAUUUUUCCUAUAUUUGAAUCCAAACAAAGCUUUCAAAAAUAAAGUUAGCAAAAUUCAAAGAGCCGAAAGAGCUUUAAAACAAGAACCAGAUGCUAUUAGUGAAUUAUUAAAAUGUGCAAUCUUUGCUAAAGAAGGUAAACCUGCUCCAAAAGCUUUAUAUGAAAAAGUUCAACAAUCUAAAGUUUCAUUACCAUUUGAUGUUAUUGGUAAAUCUGUUGGUCAUCAACUUGCACUUUUAACAGAAUUUCAACAUACUUAUCUAUUCUUGAAAGCCAUUUCUCAAGAAUUAGGUACCCAUGCUGAUUAUAAAAUGUUGAGCUCAGUCAGAUAUAUUCAAGGUUUUAUUUUCCAAUACGAAGAACUAAUGAAGAAAUUGGGCAAACCAAACAGAUAUGAAGAAGUGUUGAGAAACUCUAGAUUUUAUAAAGUUUCAAUUAAACCAAAAGAAGAACGUCUUGCCCUCCGUCAAGCUGAAAAAGCUGCCAAAAAGGCUAGAAAAGCUGAAUACAAUGCUACCAGAGCAGCCUCAGCCUAA